AUGGAUGCCGAGAGAUGCUUGCUUUGUCCCUCUCAAAUCUUUCUGCUCCGCGAAGAAGCAGGCCGUGACGGUGAAUUCACCGCCGCUCCCCUUCGCAGCCCUGUUUCGCAGCUGUGUUCUGUUCUGGCAUCGGAGGUGCCACGGGUCGAAGUCCACAUCGAUGGACGUGUCAAAGCUUCAUGCUAUGCCUUCGAAAAUCGAUUAUGUGCCGUUUCCAUGUUCGACCGGCUCGGUUUCGUUGUUUGUGCGGUGGAGAAUGCUAAAGAGCGUCUCGAGGACAUGGGCGAUCGAGCGACCUUGCGAUUCCCAUCCAUCUCUUUCAGCGUCUUCUGUCGACAGGUUGAUGGGCUCCCCGAUUCCUGGGAAAUAAUCCUUCGUGAUACGACCCUCCUUGCCGCCAAAGUGCUCAAUUCAUCGUCAGAGGAAAGCUGUCAGCGCCACGGAGUCAAAACGAGUUAA